ACUAAUGAAUGCGCUUUCUGAAUUGAACGUAACUGGGCAGGCACAGAGCAUGUGCAAGCUCCUCUAUAAAAAAAGGAGGAUGGAUGGCUUAGCCUUAGAGCGGCUGAUCUCUGGUCGGCUGCACUCUCCUGGAGAACUGACUGCUGCUGCUCCUGCUGCACAGCUGCCACCCUCUAAGGGAAAAGGACUGCACUCUCUGGCACAACUGCAAUUGUCACUGCAAGAAAAUGAGCAUCUCUCAGCCCAUCCGGCGAGGCAUCUCCUGCCCUCCACAGGACCCCAACUGCACCCGGAUUGUGGAGACACUCUUGGCCUGGAACAACUCCAUAGUCGGUGCUUACAAGUUGGUGGACUUGCCACCCUUGUCCUCUACGGAGGAAACAUUACUGACUGCAGGUCCACGACUCUUCCCUACAGUUGAUGUUCCAGACCAUGCUCACUAUACCAUUGGAGCUGUGAUUCUUGCAGUGGGCAUCACAGGCAUUCUGGGAAACUUACUUGUUAUAUAUGCAUUUAGCAGAUGUCGCAGUCUGCGCACACCAGCCAACAUGUUUAUCAUCAACCUGGCUAUCACUGACUUUCUAAUGUCUGUAACACAGGCCCCCAUAUUCUUCACAACAAGCCUAUAUAAGAGAUGGAUAUUUGGUGAGAAAGGUUGUGAGCUUUAUGCCUUCUGUGGUGCCCUCUUUGGGAUCUGCUCAAUGAUUACUCUGAUGGUGAUAGCAGUAGACCGUUACUUUGUCAUCACUAGGCCUCUGGCUUCAAUGGGUGUGAUGUCCCGCAAGCGUGCCCUGGUGAUCCUCUCAGGGGUGUGGCUCUACUCACUGGCCUGGAGCCUUCCACCAUUCUUUGGAUGGAGUGCCUAUGUGCCAGAAGGGCUCCUGACUUCCUGUACCUGGGAUUAUAUGACAUUUACCCCAGCAGUGCGUGCUUAUACAAUGCUGCUUUUUACCUUCAUUUUUUUUAUUCCUCUGCUUGUCAUUAUCUGCUGCUACUUUUUCAUCUUCCGUGCCAUCCGUUCAACCAACAGGGCUAUUAAAAAAAUCAGUUCUGAUGACAACAGAGAAUCACUAAGGAAGUUCCAGAAAAUGAAGAAUGAAUGGAAAAUGGCAAAAAUUGCUCUUAUUGUCAUUCUCCUCUAUGUUAUUUCCUGGUCACCAUACUCCACAGUGGCCCUUACUGCCUUUGCUGGAUACUCUGACUUGUUGACACCUUACAUGAAUUCUGUGCCUGCAGUGAUAGCCAAGGCUUCAGCCAUCCACAAUCCCAUUAUCUACGCAAUAACACAUCCCAAAUACAGGAUGGCAAUCGCUAAGUAUUUUCCACGCCUAGGAUUUCUGUUAAGGGUGUCCCGCAAAGACUCUCAAUUUGCCAGCAGCUUUGCAUCAACUCGUCGUUCAACUGUUACCAGUCAAACAUCCAGCUUCAGUUCAGCACACCAAAGGGGACGCAAAAGUCGCCUUUCUUCUGCCUCAGACAGUGAGUCUGGCUGGACAGAUACAGAAGCAGAUUUUUCCAGCAUUAAUUCUCGUCCUGCUAGUCGUCAGGUCUCUUGUGAAAUUAGCAGGGAUACAGCUGAACUAACCGAGGUGAAACCCAAAACCAAACUGAAGAGUCAUGAUUCUGGAAUCUUCGAGAAGGUAACGGCCACUGUAAGAACAGGGCUGUGCCAGCCGGAAAAUACCUCUUUUGAUACUGAUGAUAUUUUCAUGGUGGAAAUUAGUCAGCCAGAACAGAGCUACCCAUCUGCUACAGGUGAUAUCACAGAAGGAGCUGCAAUAAAGAAUAUUGUUCAACAAAUUCCCAGCAUUAUUAUCACCUCGGAGUCCACAUUCACCCUCCCGCCUGCCCUCAGAGCCAGUAGUUACUCCUCCCAGGCGGACAUUUCAUGUUCUGAAACACCAAGGACCUUAGCCACAGUGGACAUCUCUGAGACUGUCAAGCAAACAUAUCAUCCUUCGAGCACUGAGAUACUACACUAACACUUCCUAAUAGAAUAUAAAAGAAAAUGGACUGAAACAUGUUUUUGUAUGGUGAUAUAAAUUUAUAUAAUCUGAAGGGUAAUGUUCAUGUGUUUCCUGAGGUGUUGUGUACGCGUAUAUGCCAACUUCUAGUCAAACAAGUUUCUCUGCUUCACAUAAAGUUCACCAGCUAUUUAUAAUUUCAGAUGAUUAUUAUGCAAACCAUGUCAAUAACUGCAAUAGAAGAAACUCAGUCCUGUUGAUAGACCUCUGCAAAAAAUACCAAAAUCAUACAAUUAAACAAAAGUAUUAUGUGGCUUUCUGUGUUGAAACGAAUGAGUGAGAGCUGUUUAAAAUUCACUGUUCAAUCAAGCUGCUCAUUGUCCAGAUGCAGGCAGUAUAAAAUUAGAACAACCAUUAUAGAAAAAUAUGUCAGUGGUUUGGACUCAAACCCUUAAAGUUGGAAAAACAGUAGCUGAAAUGGAACAUGCUUAGAUGGAGUACCAUUUUUUGUUGUGGUAUGUGGACAUUCACUAUAAAAAUUCAUGAAAAGCAUUAUUGUUAAUAAUCAUAACACAGCUUGUAUUAACAACUUAACAUGUUGUGUCUAAACAUUUUUGGGUACAUCCUGUUCAAUUAAAUUUACCUUUUGAUUAAAACAUAACAUUUUCUUAAAAGAGCUACUAAGUUACCAUAACCAAGCUUUAUAAUAACAAGGUGUAUUGACCUGGAGUAAUCUAAGGCUGAGCAGAGACAAACUCAUGAAAUGAGACGCAAAAUGAGUUAACUUGAGUUGAUCUAAAUUAUAGACAGAAUUCAGACAGAAUGCCAAGAUGUGGUGGACAAAACUGGACAGCUGAGAUAAACGUAUGGAUUAGAUAAAAUGAAAUGGUCCAUAGAGUAAUGUUAGUCAAAUCUAAUGUAAUCAUGAAAAAUAUAUUCAUCUGAAAAAAAUGGAUAAUCUGCAUUUACCUCCUAUUGUUGUCCAUCUCAGACAUAUGACUUCACAUAGUUCAACAUUUGUUUCAAUUACUUUCCUUAUCCCGUUUUCUUCUUCUUUUCACCAGACAGUCAAUCGUGUUAUGUUCUCAUGCUUUUUUGUCUUGUCUUAGUCAAUCAUAUUCAAUUAGUUGAUUUCUAGCAGUAAAAGCUGAAAAAAAUAGGACAUUAUUCCUUCAUAAGGAAUGGAAAAUGUUCACAUAUACCUGUAGUAUAAAAUGAUUUGUUGACUCUGAC